UAUGACAUGUUAUCGAGGAGAAUAGACGAUGUUAAGCGAGAAACAAACAUUAUAAAAAACGGACUUGUGGAAACAAACUCUGCUGUGAGCAAAAUAGAAAACAAAAUAGAAAAUAUACAAGCUAACGUGUCGGCAGCUAUUAUCGAUUUGAACAAAAAUAUGGAAAGAGUGUCUGAAUCUCUGAUAAAUGAUAAAGUCGAGAAAGUUGAGAAAAGGUCUGAAUCGCUAAUAAAUAAUGAAAUUAAGAAUAUGCAAGUCAUUUCAGAAUCUUUGAAUACUGAAAUAAUGAAACAAUCAGUGACAGUGCAGAAAAUGCUCUUUACGGAGAAAAAACGCUUGAGGGAAAUAGCCGAAAAGUUUGAGAACAAAUUUUCGACGUUGGAAUCAGAUAUGAAAUCUCAAAUGACAUUGAUGAAUGCAUCAUUGGAAAGCACUGUUGACAGUCUGGAACAAUCAAUGACAGGGCACAAGACACAGACUAACACUUCGCUCGUUUCGAUGAAUACCGAUCUCCAAUAUAUGAUGAACGCAACAAACCAGCAGAUAGAAGUAAUGAACGUUGAAUUCCGAAACAUGAUGGAAGAUUCCAAUUUGAAAAUCGAAGAGACAAAAAGUGAAAUCGAAAAUCAAACCAAUAUAAAAAUGAAAGAAUUAAAACAAGAUAUACAAGAAAAGUCUAUACAGUCGAUGGAAAAGAUCAAUGAAGUUAGCCAAGAUAUCCUAACUAGAACAAGCUCAAAUCUACAAAGUGCGAAAAGUGGGAUCAACUAUCGGCUAAAUAAUGCAGAGAGUCGAUUGAGUUCAAUUUCGUCAAAGCUUACCUCACUUGAAAGGGAACAAGACAACCAAGAAGACAAUAUUGACGGUCAGAUCAGGCGGUUAAGCAGUAGAAUUUCAAAGGAGGAAGCAAGGAAAGUAGCAUUUUCAGCAAGACUAAACACAAAACACAGCUAUUAUAGUAAAAACGAAAAGAUAAUAUUUGACGACGUUCGGUACAGUUACGGUGGAGGGUACAGCUCAUCAACGGGAAUCUUUACAGCACCGAAAUCCGGAACGUACUUAUUUACAUAUAACGUGGAAAGCCGCGACGAAAAGAAAGCUCAUGUAAAGUUAGUGGUACGUGGAUAUUUUAAAACAACUGCUAUUGUAGAAGGCGGGCCUAAUCUCACUGGUGGGAAUGCAGGUAUAGCAUAUCUCUCCUAUGAUGACAAGGCUUGGAUAGAGACAUCAAGUCUAGACAACAAGUAUUAUAUUUGGCCUUACAGGACAACAUUCAAUGGUAUUCUAAUUGACUGAAAUUGAACAAACUUGAAAAAAUGAACCGUCUUGUUAAAACGUUAAGAAAACACUUUUUACAAAUCAUCUAGAUUAAUCGGAGAUGGUAUGGCUAAUGAAAUUAAAAAUUCUAGUUGAACAUUCUUCAAAGUUUAUUGAAGGUAUAUCUAAGUUACAACAAUAAGUGGGAGACAACCUUUAAUAAUGGUCAUUUUGAGAAAUUAAAAAUUGCUUAAAGAUAAUUUUCUUAAUAGUUUUAACAUUUAGUAUAUAAAGGCUAAUAAAUAGAGGAUAUUGCAUGAGUGUCUUUUGUUAUUAACUUGAACAAGGCUGAUGUUUGUACACAGAAUAAGCAUGUGAUCGACUUGGAAACUGAGUAAAACAUUUUUUUUGUUUAACUCCCUUUCUUAAAUAAAAUGUAAACAAAUUAAAAAUCAUUUCAAUAUACCAAUAUCUGUCUUAUCGCAAAGGUUUAUAAUUUCAUCUGUUUGAUGUGAUAUAAGAACUGUAACCUACUUACAGAACUAAAAUAUGUCAAUUCUGAAAUAAAAGGAAAUGGUGCUUUGACAAAUUUUCAAAUAAAUAUUAUAUAUUCAUAAGUAAAAUAAACUUUCGUACACUGAGUAUUUAGACCUUCAAAUUGACAAAUCACGUUAACGCUUGUGCUUGAUGAUUGUUUGAUACCUUAAUUUAAUUUACUACGGGACUCGAACCUUGACAUAAAUACAAUGGCCAAAUUGUAUGAUGGCUCUUUUGUAAGAAAGGUACAGCGUUAUUAUUAUAAGAAUAUAAAGUAUUAUGUUGUUUGCUGUUUUAACGUUCAAUGAUUUUGCUUAUAUUUUCAAACAGAUUCGUGCACGACUUUCAACAAGAUGUGUAAAAUGUACAUACAAUGAUUAAAUUACUAUAACUGA